UCAGAAGCGCCGCAGUGCCCAGCCGAUUUGAGGGCAGAGGCAACCGCUCCAACAUCCCUGGAGGAUGCAGGUGGCACUUGGAGUCUCUCCCUGGGACGGAGACGGGACCGCAGUCUCCGGGCGCAGAUCCGUGGACCCUCUUCGCAGACGCCUCGCGGAGCCUCAGGUGACUGCACUCCCUCCCAGAAUGGCAGCCUCACCGCUCCCACCACCCGACCCACGGUUUGUCCUCCGAGGAACCCAGUCAGCGGUACAUGCACUGCAUUUCUUCGGAGGAGCCCAAGGGCAGGGGCACCCGCUCCUCCUCUCAGGGUCCCUGAGUGGGCUGGUGCACAUCUGGAGCCUGCAGACGCGAAGGCCGGUUGCUAUCCUGGACGGCCAUCAGGGCCAGUGUGUGACCUGGCUGCAGACGUUGCCUCAGGGGCACCAGCUUCUCAGUCAGGGCCGGGACCUGAAGCUGUGCCUGUGGGACCUGGCGGAGGGCAGAAACGCUGUUGUGGACUCCAUGCACCUGGAGAGCAUGGGCUUCUGCAGGAGCUCUGUCCUGACCAGGGGUCAGGGGAAGUGGAUGCUGGCCAUGCCGGGGAGCGGCAGUGAUGAGGUUCAGAUUCUGGAGAUGCCAUCCAAGACGUCAGUGUGCACCCUGAAGCCUGAGGCAGAUGCCAAGCCGGGCAUGCCCAUGUGCCUGGAGCUGUGGCAGGCUGAGUCCAGUCCCCGCCCACUCCUCCUGGCCGGCUAUGAGGACGGAUCUGUGGCCCUAUGGGACGUCUCUGAGCGGAAGGUGUGCAGCCGAGUCGCCUGCCACACAGAGCCCGUCAUGGGCUUUGGCUUUGACUCCCAAAAGGCCAGGGGCGUCUCGGGCUCUGCGGAGAAGGCGCUGGCUGUCUGGAGCCUGGAUGAGCAGCAGGCCCUGCAGGUAUGCAAAACUCAUGAACUCACCAACCCCGGGAUUGCUGAUGUCAAGAUCCGGCCAGACCGCAAGAUCCUAGCCACUGCAGGCUGGGACCAUCGUGUCCGUGUGUUUCACUGGCGGACAAUGAAGCCACUGGCUGUGCUUUCCUUCCACAGUGCUACUGUCCACUGCGUGGCCUUCGCCACUGAUGGCUUGCUGGCUGCAGGGUCUGGGGAUCAGCGCAUCAGCAUCUGGUCACUCUACCCGAUUAGCAGUGACUCAUCCACUUCCUCAUUGGGACAUGUGGAGCACAGGGAGGUGGGAGCCCACGCUUUGGCCUGACCCAGGCACGUAGAAACCAUACAUCAUGACCCCUGAGGACAGCCAGUCACAGUUCUCUUCCUCCAGUUA